UUGAUAUCUAAAGCAGAAACGUCUUUGUGCCUCUUCCUCCCUCUGUUCAAUUUCUUCAACCACAGCCAACAUCAAACCUCCACAUCACACCAACAUGUAUACUGCCGCUUUGCUUCUCGCUCUCUCCCUCACUGCCCAGUCAGUGCCGGUCUUUCCUUCCCAAGCAAACGAAACCAUUGCUCGCAGGAAUGAACUGCCCUACAAGGUCGUCGACGUCGCCGGCACUGCCGCUCCCACCGUCGAGACAAUCACCGCCACGCCCUCGCCGCCAGUGACGGUGACCGUCACUGAAUAUCCUUCCUCCACGCCAGCACUGGAGCCUUUCUCUUUCUCCUCCUGGAGCGUCGGUUCCCGGGUGACAGACAUCCCCCACCCGGGGCCACAGUUUGCGGCGCGGGCACUCAACAGCACAGAGAACAACCACCGUCGCCAUGAGCACGCCAACACCACCCUCACCGAAACCCCUGCCAGCCAGGAUUCCACCACAGUGGCCAAGCGCAGCAACGACACGCUGCCCCGUUCCUUGGACAAGCACAACGGGACCGAGCAUGAGCAAGACCAUCACGCCGAGCACAAGGACGAAGACAUGUCCGCCAAGGCUCUGACCCAGCGCGCCCUCACCGGCACCGAAGCAGCCACCAAGCACACCGGCAGCAGCGCCAAUGAGACCCAGCCGGCCCGCGUUGAUAUUGCGCCUGAGCAUGCGGCCGCCUUCGCGCGGCGUGCACUCACCACCGACGCCAAGCACAUCUCUCAGAGCUCCAACAACACCGCGGAGCAGUCCGAUGCUACCAAGCGCGCACUCAACACCACCGAGGCUGCUACCAAGCCCUUCGCCCGAAGCGUGAACGGCACCUCUGUGCACGCUCGGAACGUGACUGCAGGUGACUAUUGAGCCCUUUAUGAGAUAUCUCUCCUUCUUGGCUUUUUCUCUCAGUAAGUUUAUGGCUAUUUACGACUGGUGCGAUCCAAUACGAUCACGACGAU